CAACAGAUGAUUAUUUAAAAACCACGCAUUUUCGGAAACAAAUUUUCACUACGCACAAAGACCACAAAUAUGCACUCACUAGUAAAUUUUUUCAAGAAAGGAACCUCGGUUCAGCCCAACAACAAUACAACCGAACAGAUCGCAACUGCCGUCGAAGGGCUGAAGGUGGCUCUUCUCGGCUCGAUGAACAACAUCGGCCAGCCUCUUUCCCUUUUACUCAAAAGAACGAAUUUAUUCGAUGAGAUCGCCUUACACGAUGAGAUGGAUACGAAAGAUCAGGCGGAGCAGCUCCUAAGUGUCGAUUUGCCCGGUAAAGUCACCAGCCACCGUGGGAAGGAAGGAAUUAAGUCUGCGAUAAAGGACGCCAACAUCGUCCUAGUGGUCGGAGGCAAGGUGUACCAUCCGGACAUAUCCAAAUUCUCUCGAGAUGAGGUUUACAACAAUUGCAAAUACGUGUACGAGUGUUCGAAGAACUGCGUUGCUCAUUCACCUUUCGCUAUAACGUGCGUGUCGACGGGUCCUCUCACAACCACUUUUACAGUGGCGAGCGAAGUGUUCAAGGCCGCACACAGAAACUUCCAUUAUAAAGUCAUCGGGGUGAACAAUUUUUUGUCGAUAAAAGCGGAUUUGGCGUUGGGAAGUUCUCUUAGAACUAAGAACAUGCAGGUGAUACCGGUGAUCGGGGGUUGCACGCCGAAGACUUCUGUGCCGUUGAUAUCGUGCGUGACGGCGAAGAGCACCCUGUCAACCCAGUCGUCCAUUUUUUUGACACAAAAGUACCAAAGGCCUUCAGUUCUGGAUAUCGCUUCUUCGGAGAACAGAGACGUUUCGUCGAUGACGCAGGCGUUCGGCGUCUGUCAAUUCGCUUCCUCGCUCGCAAAGACGAUCAGUUCUAAGCAGCCCGGCUUUAUCGAAAACGCGUUCGUCAUGACGAAAGAUACGUACGAUAUUCCGUGUUUCGGUUUGCCCGUCAUGUUCGGAAAGUUUGGUAUAAAAUCCAUGUACGACCUUCCGAGCAAAAUGCAUUUUUACGAAGCGGGUCUGUUGAAAAUCAUUAAACCUACCGUCGCCAAAGAAGUCAAAGAAGGCCAAGAGAUCUACAAACAGAUAGUUGAAGGUAUAGAAGAAAAGAAAACGUUCAUAGAGUAACAUGAUUCAAACAACAUAAACACGAUUUUGAUUGUCUAUCGUCCUCCAAAUAAUAAAAACUAAAAUAACAUAUGA